GGCUGUUCUAUCCCAAUUUUGGUCUGAUGGUAAUCCUAGAAGCGUUAGUCAUGAGACCCAUGACACCAAGUCACCAACCAUUCCUGUCGACAGCACGCCUGGCUCCACCUCCAUAAUAUCUCUCAAAAGAAAGCUCCUGUUGAGCAUACAUACCGAAACUCCUCUGACUCUGAGGGAAAACGCAGCAGUUGUGGGAAGGUUAAAUUGGAAAUAUUGAGAUUGAGGUUUACGGAGCUUGUGGAGAGAGAUCCCAUGCAGGCAGCCCUCGACACUGAAAGAGUGUUAGAUGUUCCCUUCAGUCAAAUCUCAGAAGGCGCUCCGUUGCCAUUGAAUCCACCAAGAUAUCCCCUGUUCUCUAAUCAAUUCUUCCGCGGCCAAGGUCGCGACCUCUUCCCCUGCGCCGCUUCCUGGUUCCUCAUCGACAUCGUAUUUUACUCCAACAACCUCCUUGAAUCCAGGGCUCAUCACAAUUUUAUCAAGGGAGAACACAGUGCCUAUGAAUCGGCUUUUAGAGUAGCCAGCCUCCAAGCAGCUGUGGUCGUCCUUUUUACCAUCCCUGGCUACUUGAUGAGAGAGAGAGAGAGAGAGAGAGAGAGAGAGAGAGAGAGUGCUAGGGUUAGAGCAAGGUUCUCGACAGCCAAGGACAGUGGGGCUCGGAGGCGGCUUCCAGGGUUAGGCAAGGGGUUCCUAGAGCAGACUACAACAUUUUUCUUCUAUGAUUUCGCAGAGGAUCGUUCAACAAAGGAUCUGUGGUUCUGUUUUUGGUCAUAUGGGAAGGUGGUGGAUGUGUAUAUUCCCACAAGGCGCGAUCGAAAAGGUCGUCGGUUUGGGUUCGCGCGUAUGGCAGGUGCCUUUGAUGUCAAGGACAUGGAGAGCGUGAAGGUGGCAGAGAAUAUGAAAAAAGGGAAGGUUGAGUUUAGGGUGGCUCAAAACAGAAGGGAAGAGAAACAAUGGGUCAAAAGGGAUGCGAGGGUGAGACUUGGGAGGUCGUAUGCACAGGCUGUUGCUGCUAGUCCGGGUGCAAUUGCGGAAGGUUUGUCCUCGAACAAGAGGGAUAGACAAUUGAUGGCAACAAGAGAGAUGGAGGAAACAGCAGACGGGAAUGCAUUGGAGGGUUUCUCGAUGAAGGCUUCUGCAGUGAUGCCUGAAAAAACCUCAGAGAAACUAUCUAUGCCAUUGAUAACAGAAGGGGUAGCCAAAGCAUCGUCUCCUAUACAAGGCAAUUUGGUUUUAGAAUUCUUGCCGAGUGAUGAGGAAGUGGCUUGGUUGAAUAGGAGUAAGGUGGCUAUGGUCCAGUCUCUAGAUAUGGUGAGACAAAUUCAACAUAGGAUGGAUGUUGAUGGUUUAAUGGUGAAUGUUGCACUGUUAGGAGGUAGACAGAUCAUUUUGGUUGAUAAUUCAGAAGGAUGUCUUGUGGAGUUCAUAGAGAAUAAUAAGGAGCUAACAGAGUUAUGGUUUGAAUGGGUGCAACCAACAUCCUUAUCCACGGUUUCAUCUGCAAGUCGUUUGGCGUGGCUGCAAUUUUCCGUUGUCCCUUUACAUUCAUGGAGCGAGCGAUGCUUUGCCGAGCUAAGGGGAUUAAUUGGCGAGGUCAUACUCGUGGAUGAAGACACGAAGAGCAAAUCAUUUUUGUGUGAAGGACGGGUUUUCAUUCUGUAUGAAACAAGGGCUAAAAUUUCAGCAACAAUACUCUUGAAGGUUGGUAAUGAAGCUUAUCCGAUUGAAGUGGCUGAGAAGGAGUGGAGGAUGGAUCCGACUGGUGGUUGGCUGGGGAGCGGAGGAAUCCGACGUCAGAAUCAGUCUCAGAAUAUUCCAGGUGUGGACAUGGUUGGGCCAGCAGCAAUGAGGUCUGGUGAGCAACGGGUUGUAGGUGGGUGUGUUAGUGGGUUUUUGACUUGUAAUGGUUUGCUUCAGCAACAGGAGGAAAAAAAAAAAAAGAAGAAGAGCAGAGAUUUAGGGGCAAUAUAUGCGGGGAAUGAGGGUAUCGGGGCUGCAAUGGAUGGGAAGGCAAAAUUAAAAGCAGGGGAGGCAAGUUGGAAUAGAAACCGAGUGAUUCGGCAACAGAUCCAGUUGGAUGAGGUGCAGAAGUUGUUCACGUUGGGGCAAAGACUAGGGGUUAAGUGUCAACAAAAUGAGGAAGAAGUGUUGUCUCGGUCGGUCACGCUGGAAAAGGAAAAGGAAACAAAGCUUGAACAAAUUGAGACGUCUGUGUGUCGGUUAGUGUGGAACUCAGAUGAUUUUGAAUGGGUGAUGCAAAAAUCAAAUGGUAAUUCGGGUGGUUUGCUGUGCAUAUGGAAUAAGAGGAAUUUUGUGAAACAGGGGGUAGUUGAAGGUCAAGGUUUCAUCGGGAUUUCAGGGGAGUGGGGUCAUCAACGGAUUCAAUGCACUUUUGUUAAUGUAUAUGCGCCGUGCGACAAGCAACGCAGAGUUGUGUUGUGGGGGGAAUUGAGCAGGUUAGUAUUGGACGAGGGUGGGAGAUGGCUUUUGGCAGGGGAUUUCAAUGUUGUUCGUAAUAGUGAAGAGAGGAAAGGGAGGAUGGGUGAGACUCAGGACAUGGAAGAAUUUAAUCUUUUUGUGCAAGAGAUGGGAUUGGUAGAUAUCCGGUUGAGGAAUAGAAAGUUUACAUGGUAUAGACCGGAUGGAACGUCGAUGAGUAGACUCGAUAGAAGUGUUGGUUGGGGUCCCAAGCCCUUUCGGGUACUCGAUGUAUGGCAACAACAUAAUGAUUUUAGAAAGUGUAUAAAUGAAAGAUGGAAGACGAUGCAGAUUGAAGGAUGGGCAACCUACAAGUGCAAGCAGAAGUUGAAAUUGUUAAAAGAGGAAUGCAAAAGGUGGAAUGACAGGGUGUUUGGCAAUGUGGAGGUCCGAUCUGACAAAUUGAGGAAUGAGAUUGAGAGGCUGGAUAAAAAAUGUGAGGUGGAAGGGUUGAAUGAGGCCGAGGUGAAGCAGCGAAGGGAGGCUUUUCAGGAGCUGGGGGAUACAUUAAAGCAGCGAGAAUUAGUAUGGAAACAGAAAUCAAGAGCUAAUUGGGCUAGCUUUGGAGAUGCAAAUACAGCAUUUUUUCAUAGGAGUGUGCAUGCUCGGAGGGCUCAAAAUACAAUUUCAGGUAUCUACGGCAAUAAUGGGUGGGUUGAGGAACCUGAGCUUAUUAAGGCGGAGGCAGUGAAGUACUUCACUAAGGUAUUUCAGAAUGAACAGUGGCGCCGACCGACGAUGGAUGGGAUUCAAUUCCGGAGAAUUUCAGAGGCACAACGAGAAUGGCUAGAACGACCUUUUACCAUAGAGGAAAUUGAAGAGGGGCUAAAUGAUUGUGAUGGCUGCAAGGCUCCAGGUCCAGAUGGUUUUAAUUUUAACUUUGUAAAGUUUGCCUGGAGCACCGUGAAGGAAGACUUUGUGAAUUUUGUGACGGAAUUUCACCACAAUGAGAGGUUAGUCAACGGUUUAAAUUCUUCAUUUCUGGCAUUAAUACCAAAAAAGUUUAAUCUUGAGCAAUUCAAGGAGUAUAGGCCUAUUAGCCUGAUAGGUUGUCUAUAUAAAUUACUGGCUAAGGUAUUGGCCAAUCAGUUGAAGAUGGUUAUGGAGGGUAUUAUCAGUGAGUCUCAAGCAGCUUUUAUUGGAGGUCGGCAACUAGUUGACAGUGUGUUAGUUCUGAAUGAGGUUGUGCAUGAGGUGAAAUGGAGGAAGCAAGAGUGCUUCAUUUUAAAGGCGGAUUUUGAGAAAGCCUACGACUGUGUGGACUGGGGCUUUCUUGAUUGGAUGAUGAAUAGAAUGGGGUUUGGGGUGAAGUGGAGGAAGUGGAUGUGGGAGUGUCUUUCAACUGCGAGAAUCUCCAUUUUAAUAAAUGGAAGUCCGAUGACUGAAUUUCCAGUUAGCAAUGGUCUUCGCCAAGGUGAUCCCCUGUCACCUUGUUUGUUUUUAUUAGUUGCGGAAGGUUUGUGUGGGCUUGUCAAAAAAGCGAAGAGUGAAGGACUCUUGAAGGGUGUCGAGAUUGGACGGGGAGGUAUGGUGUUAUCAUUGUUACAGUUUGCGGAUGACACGGUGUUUAUGGGGAAAGCUGAUGUUGAUAAUUUACGAGUUGUGAAGGCCAUUCUAAAUUGGUUUCAAUUGAUCUCAGGGUUGAAGAUCAACUUUGGGAAGAGCUAUUUGUAUGGCUUCAAUGUGUCGGAAGGGUGGGUUAAAGGCGCAGUUGAUAUUAUGCGUUGUGGGGUGGGCAAAAUGCCUUUUACUUAUCUUGGCUUGCCAGUAGGAGGGAAUUCAGGGAGAAGACAGUUUUGGAACCCAGUGCUGGACCAUUUCCGCCAGAAGCUUGCCUCCUGGAAAAGCCCCUUGAAAAUUGCAUGGGUUAGUUGGGAGUACGUGUGUAUGGAUAAGGGGAGAGGUGGCUUAGGAGUCGCUGAUUUGGAGAUGAGGAAUUGUAGUUUGUUGGGAAAAUGGUGGUAUAGGCUAGGUGAUGGUGUUGAUGGUUUAUGGAAGCAGGUUCUUUGGGAGAAAUAUUAUGGGGGUAGAAUGGAGGCUGAUGUUAUGUCAGUCGUGACUUGGAAUAUGUCAGGUGUGUGGAAGAACAUUGUGGGUCUCGGCAGAGGGUCGGAACGGUUAGAAGCAAUGUUAGGAAAAGGUUUUAAGUGGAAAGUGGGGAAUGGGAGUUGUGUAGACUUUUGGCACGAUAAAUGGGUGGGGGAUAAACCAUUACGAAAUUUAUUCUUUCGGUUGUAUGCAUUAGCUAAUAUUAGGGAGGGACUGUUAAAGGAUAUGGGGUUGUGGAGUGCUGAAACUUGGAUAUGGGAUUGUAGGUGGAGGCGUAAUUGUGUAGGGAGGGGAGUGGGGGAGGAAGAACAGUUUAGGGAGUUGAUAAAUAAGGUUGGGUUGCAUAGGGGAAAGGCUGAUUCUUGGAGCUGAAUACAUAGUGCUAAUGAUGUAUAUUCGGCUAAGAAGGCUUAUGACUUUUUAUCACCAAAGUGUUUUAUUUUGGAUGAGAAAUGGUCUAGGGUUCUUUGGGGUAAGUAUGUUCCUUCCAAAUUGAGUAUUUUUUUGUGGAGAUUAUUUUUGAACAGGUUAGCUACAAAGGAUAACUUGUGUCGGAGAGGGGUUGUUGUACCAAAGGGGAACGUUUGUUGUGGGCUUUGUCAUGAGGGUGUUGAGCAUCUCCAGCAUAUUUUUUGUGAUUGUAAAGCAGUUUGGUUGGUUUUGAUGAAGGUUUUGGGUUGGUGGGGGGUCCAGAGUCUUCUGCCAAAAGAUGUCUUCAGAUUGGCAGAUGUUGUGGUGGCUGGAAUCAACGGAGGGUGCUGGA